AGCUCCACCAGGGGGCACAAUGACGCAGGCAGGAGGAUUCUGGGAGAAGACCAGUGAGAGUCCGGCCAGUUGUCGUUGCAGUUACGUUCCUGGUAGAGCGCGAUGGCGGCCUUACCCUACCUCGCCGCUCCUGCGGCUCCGCAGCGCCCUAACGAGGGAAUCCUGAUCGGGGACCGACUCUACUCACAAGUCUACCUCACCAUUGACAACUCCAUCGUUCCGGAGGAGCGCCUGUCACCGACCCCGUCUAUGCUGGACGGCCUAGACUUGAGCUUCGAGACGGACCUGCGUGUGCUGGGCUGUGAGCUCAUCCAGGCGGCCGGGAUCCUUCUCCGCAUGCCGCAGGUGGCCAUGGCGACUGGUCAGGUGUUAUUCCAGCGCUUCUUCUACUCCAAGUCCUUCGUGAAGCACAGCUUUGAGAUUGUUGCCAUGGCUUGUAUCAAUCUUGCUUCCAAAAUUGAAGAAGCGCCCAGAAGGAUUAGAGAUGUGAUCAACGUUUUUCAUCACUUGCGCCAAUUAAGAGUAAAACGGACCCACAGUCCACUCAUACUUGAUCAAGAAUACAUAAAUACCAAAAACUAUGUAAUCAAGGCGGAAAGAAGAGUGUUGAAGGAGCUGGGAUUUUGUGUCCAUGUAAAACACCCACACAAGAUCAUUGUGAUGUACCUUCAGGUCUUGGAAUGUGAAAAAAAUCAAACUCUGGUUCAAACAGCUUGGAAUUACAUGAAUGAUUGCCUUCGUACAAAUGUGUUUGUCAGAUUUGAUGCUGAAACGAUUGCAUGCGCUUGUAUUUAUCUUGCUUCAAGAGUAUUGCAGUUUCCUUUACCCAAUAAACCUCACUGGUUUUUACUUUUUGGCGCUACUGAGGAAAACAUGCAGGAGGUCUGUGUCACAGCCCUAAGACUUUACACCCGGAAAAAGCCAAAUUUUGAAGUUUUGGAUAAUGAAGUAGAAAAGCGAAAAGUGGCCUUACAGGAAGCCAAGUUAAAGGCUAAAGGAUUAAACCCUGAUGGAACACCUGCUCUUUCUACAAUGGGAGGCUUUUCUCCUGCAUCCAAACCAUCAACUCCAAGAGAAGUGAAGAUAGAAGACAAAUCUCCAUUAUCUACAAAAGUUAAACGUGAACCUGAUGAAAAGCAGUCAUUGAAGAGCCCUUAUAAUGGGUUGCGAAAAGAAAUGAAAAGAAGUCGAAGCGGCAGUAGAUCAAGAUCGCGGACAAAAUCAAGAUCUCGAUCUCCACGAAGACACUAUAACAACCGACGGAGUAGAUCCGGAACCUUCAGUUCAAGGUCAAGAAGCCGUUCUCGAAGCCACAGUGAUAGCCCACGCAGACAUCACAAUCACGGGUCGCCACACCUCAAAUCCAAGCAUCGAGGGGAUGACCUAAGAGGUUCAAACAGACAUGGACAUAAACGGAAAAAGUCACAUUCCCCUACUCCAGGCAAAUCCAGAGAACACGGGGAUCCUGCCAAGAAGCACCGACAUGACCGCAGCCAUCAUCACAGGGAUAAACGGGAACGAUCACGCUCUUUUGAAAGGUCACAUAAAGGCAAACAUCACAGCAGUAGUCAUUCUGGACACAGUAGACACAGACGCUGAGCUCUCCCAUCACCUAUGAAGCAAAUAGAAAUAAUUUGCUGGAUAUGGACUCUUGUCAUUGUGAUUUUUUUUUUUUUUUUUUAAUAAAUUACAUUAAAAAGACAUUUGACAGGCUGUUUUGGUUUUCUUUCAUUCUAUACUUUUUGCACAUUAUACCAUGACAGUAUAUUUCUUAUGGAAUCAUGGUCUGAUGACAUUGAUCUAGAUUUGUGUAUUAAAACAGCUUCUGUUUCUGAAUUGCUGUAAAAUGUUGUAUUUUUAUAUGAACUGGUUGCAGACACUGUUAUAUUUAAGGAUUAUUUAAAGAAUUGUGAAAUUUUUCAUACUGGUUUUAGUCUGCAUGUGUACAAAGUUAAUUUUAUUGGGUAAUAAAUUAGAAAAUUCUAA